AAGAAAUGGCGAUGAUGAAAGUGAAGAAUUAAUGCAGGAAGACUGCGAGAUGAUUCUUCAAGUGUUUACUGAUAGCGCAUGAAGGAAUGUGUGGCAUUGAUAAAUCAAAUCGGUUAACAAUUUUGCAAAAACGACAUUCGAAAGGCAGUUUAGAUUAUUGUUUUAGUGAACGAUGACGACUCGAAAUUGAUACCAACAUGAGUUAGUGUGCCUAACGGAAAUAAAAAAAAAGAACGAACUAAUGAAAACAGUAUACUCAACGAUGUGUAGUGCAGUUUACAGUGACUAAUCUCUAAUUAACCCAAACAACGGUAGCAGUAGUUAAGUGAUCGUUCCAGUUUAGUGGUGAUUGUUUUACGCACGGCGAUGGAUAGUACGCGGAAGCCGGAAAAGAAGAAUCCUCGCAAGGGGGCAUUCUAUCUGGCUCAGCUGUCGUUCGGUUGGCUGUUGCCGCUGUUCUUCAAAGGAUGCCGCCGAGGAUUGAACAAGGACGAUCUCACCAAGUGCCUCAAGAAGGACAAAUCGGAGGACCUUGGCGAUCGGUUAGAAGAACAAUGGGAAAAGGAAAUCGUUAGAGCUCGGAGGAAAAAUCGCUCGCCCCGACUUCGAGAUGCUCUCUUCCGGACGUUCUACAAACAGUGCCUUUUUGAUGGCUUCCUAGUGUUUCUAUUCGUGUUCAUCAAAUCAAUUUUACCGUUAGUCCUAGCGCAACUCCUGAUCCAGUUCCAAACUCCGAUGAACGCAACGCACGUUAGCACCCCAAGCAGUAAUACCACCAUGACGUCUCCAAUGUCCGAUGUCUUCCUCACCACGACGCUGCACUUCCUGGAUCAAGAAGAUAUGGAUUCCCAUAGCGAAACGGGCGAGGUGGAUCGCCGCGUACGCCGCAGUAUUGCUGACAGCAAAACUUCAUUCGGUCUGAACCAUUUCAAUACUGACGACUACCGGGAUGAUGAUGAUUACAGCGUCAGUCGCGACGAGGGGUACGAUGACCUCGAACAGGAGGAAGAGCCCACCAAAGAGCGCAAGCUAGCAAGCGUCGCUGACUACGUCAAUUAUGCAUGGAACGACGCUUAUUGGUUGGCCGGCCUGUUGGUGUUGUUGACACUGCUGGGAUGCUUCUGUAGUCACCACUCCGAUCUGAGGCAGCGAUUGGUCGGAGCACGGAUGAGGAUCGCGUGUUGCUCUGUCAUCUACCGGAAGACCUUGCGUAUGUCGAAGAAAGCGGCUGGACAAACCCCGGCUGGUUAUCUAAUCAAUCUACUGUCGAACGACGUCAGCCGACUGGACUAUGGGUUCAUAUUUUUGCACUACGUGUGGGUGUUACCGUUCCAGGCAGUCUUCACGUGCUACCUCAUCUGGAGACAAGUCCAGUGGGCAGCAGUUGUUGGAGUCGUUGGUUUGCUUCUAAAAACCAUUCCAGUUCAAACUGGGCUUGGUCGACUGCAGUCAGUUCUGCGAAUGCGCGUUGCAAAACGAACCGAUCAACGAGUGGGAAUAAUGAACGAACUAAUCCAAGGUAUUCAGGUAAUCAAAAUGUACGCCUGGGAGAAGCCAUUCCACACGGUUGUGUCGCUAGCUCGCAAGAAGGAAGUCCGGCAAAUCCGAUGGGCUUCGUAUAUCCGGGGGAUUUAUCUCAGUACGAUGAUGUUUACGGAAAGGUCCACGCUCUUCAUAGCGAUCGCUACUUGCUACUUCGAAGGACGGCCGAUUACGGCGGACAUUGUAUUCCCGAUGGCCCAGUUCUUCAACACUCUACAACUAACGGCAGCCAUCUUCUAUCCAUUGGCCGUUUCACUUGGAGCUGAAGCUUUGGUGUCCAUUGACCGCAUUCAGGAGUUCCUUGGAAUGGAGGAACAGGACAAGAAGAUGAUUGGUUUGAAUAAGAACGAAACAGAGCUUGUUAAAAUUUGCCCCACUAUCGGUGUUCAGCUCAACAAUGUCUCCGCCAGUUGGGAGCACAAUAAGGACAAAACUCUCAAGGAAUUGAAUCUCAUAGCCAAGACCGGGCAACUGCUUGCAGUUGUUGGGCCCGUUGGUGCCGGCAAAAGCUCUCUACUUCAGCUGAUUCUGGGCGAGCUGCCCAUACUGAGUGGAACAGUAAAUAUCAACGGAGAAGUUUCAUAUGGGUGUCAGGAACCGUGGUUGUUUACGGGGACAGUCCGGAACAAUAUCCUGUUUGGUCUGGCCUAUGAUCGUAAACGGUAUCAAGAGGUAGUGAAACAUUGUGCCUUAUUGACCGACUUUGAACAACUUCCGGAUGGAGACAAAACGGUUGUCGGAGAACGAGGAACUUCUCUCUCCGGGGGACAACGUGCUAGGGUGAAUUUGGCACGUGCUGUCUACAAGAACGCCAACAUCUACCUGUUGGAUGAUCCACUCAGUGCGGUCGACACUCACGUGGGACGGCAUCUGUUCGAUGAAGUUAUGGGUCCAAAGAGUUACUUGGCUAAACAACAAGCGACAAGAAUUCUGGUGACUCAUCAGGUUCACUUUCUGAAGGAUGCCGAUUGGAUUGUGAUCAUCGAUAAUGGUAAAAUAUUAAUGCAAGGUACGUAUCAAGAGUUGUCCAAGAGUGACUUGGACUUUGGCAAAUUGAUGGGAUCGGCUGAUGGGAAUAGUGACAACCUUGAAGAAGAGGAGCUGGAGGAUGUCGCCGACGAAGAGAUUCCAUUCAUUGACGGUGCGAAGGGAGAAAGUAACAAGUUGCUGAAAAGUACCAAUUCCAUAGGGGCGCGGGGAUCAAUGUCAUGUGCUUCAAGCGUUGCUGACGGCCUGGGUCAAACCGUUGGUGAAGAUCAAGCAGAAGGUACCCUGGCUGUAAGGGUUUGGACUACCUACUUCAUGGCUGGUGGUAAUAUCUUUCUCCUGCUGUUCACCGCGUUCAUGCUCGUCUUCUCGCAAGUGGUAGUCAGUGGAUCCGACUAUUUCGUAACCUACUGGACCCGCCAGGAGGAACGCCGGAUUCGCGACCUGCCGGUGGACUACUCCACCGUAGAUUUGCUGACAACCUACGGAAUCAUCAUCAUCGGAGUGAUUAUCUUCACCAUCUUCCGAGGAUAUUUGUUCUUCAACAUCUGCAUGAAAGCAUCACGAACGCUGCACGAUCGUAUGUUUGCCAAGAUCCUCGCUGCACCGAUGAGGUUUUUCGAUACCAAUCCAUCGGGACGUAUCCUGAAUCGUUUCUCCAAAGACAUGGGCGCCAUUGAUGAACUACUGCCGAAGGCAAUCAUGGAUGCCGUCCAAGUACUGCUGGUUAUGGUUGGUAUCUUGGUGGUGAUUGCCAUAAUGAAUCCCAUUUUGUUGGUAGCCCUCUUGGGUGCGAUCAUCCUGUUUGCAGGCGUGCUUAAGCUGUACCUUCGUCCAACGCAAGAUCUCAAGCGCUUGGAAGGAAUAAGCCGCAGUCCAGUGUUCUCGCAUCUAUCCGCAACUUUGACGGGAUUAUCGACGAUCCGAGCGAACGCUGCACAGCAGAAGAUUACCCAGGAGUUUGACGCACUACAGAAUGUGCAUUCAGCUGUUUGGCAGUUGACGAUGUCCAGCAAUGCCGCGUUGGGACUGUGGUUAGAUUGCAUCAGUACGGCGUUCGUAGCCUGCGUGACAUUCAGUUUCAUUGUGCUGCAUGGAGAAACCUACAGCGCCAACGUUGGUUUGGCCAUCUCCCAGGCUAUGAUCCUAACCGGUAUGGUUCAGUACGGCAUUCGGCAAACUGCGGAAUCUAUCCAGCAAAUGACAUCGGUAGAACGAGUCAUUCAAUAUACCGAGAUACCAUCGGAAACCGAUCCACCGAAGAUCCCACCGAACGAUUGGCCAUGGCGUGGUCAGAUCGAGUUCCGUGAUAUGUCCCUUCGGUACGAAGUCAACAGUACUCCGGUUCUGAAGCACCUAGAUAUAACGAUCGAGCCUACCUGGAAGGUUGGAAUUGUAGGACGAACCGGUGCCGGGAAAUCAUCUCUAAUCGGAGCACUUUUCCGAUUAGCUCCGAUCGAGGGCAGGAUACUGAUUGAUGGCAUUGAUACGGGAGUUGUAUGCCUGGAGUCACUGCGGUCCAAGAUUUCCAUUAUACCUCAAGAUCCGGUACUUUUUAGCGCUACGAUCAGGUAUAACCUAGAUCCAUUCAACCUGUACGACGAUGACAGUCUGUGGACGGCGAUCAAUGAAGUUGAGUUGGGGUCUGCUAUUAGUGGAUUGGAUUACAUGGUCACGGAGUGCGGCACCAAUUUCAGUGUUGGCCAGAGGCAGUUGAUCUGCUUAGCGAGAGCCAUCCUGAGAAAUAACAAGGUUCUGGUACUGGACGAAGCGACUGCCAAUGUAGAUCCUCAAACCGACGCCCUCAUCCAAAAGACAAUCCGGGAAAAGUUCAAACAGUGCACGGUACUUACCGUGGCCCAUCGAUUGCACACCGUCAUGGAUUCGGAUCGAAUCCUGGUGAUGGAUGCCGGCGAAGCACGUGAGUUCGAUGCUCCUCACGUUCUCCUCCAACAGGAAGGAGGCAUACUGAGGGACAUGGUGGAGGCAACGGGUCCAUCAGAGUCGGAAUCUCUCAAACGCAUUGCUGCGGCAACGUAUGCUGCAAUGGAUCCCAACCGGCAUCUACUGAACGGCCUGCCGAAUCCUUGGCGUUUUAGCAAGGAAGGCCAGUAAUAAACAUAUCGCAAGAGAUUUCAACAA